AGCGUGUAUGCAUGCUACAGCAACUCUCUCGCUCUCUCUCUCCGUUUCUAUAAAGCUCCGAUUAGUCUCUGCAAUUCUCAAUUCUGUCCCAAAAUUCAGAAAUGGAAUCCGAACAUCAUCAGCACCACCCCCACCAUCACUCUCCAGAAGAAUCCCCCCACAAAUCCCCAUGCCCAACCUGCGUCAAUUGCGGCGGCCCCACCGCCUUCCCGCCACCGCCGCCCUCUUGGUCCGACUCUUCCCCGCCGCCCCUCUACCGGCCCAUCCGUGCCCCCGCCGUCAACCUCCCUCCAGAACACCACCGCCAAGCCAUCAUCCUAUCGCCGAUCCCCCAAGCCCAGCACGUCCCCAUCCUCUCCCCUCCCUUCCACUUCGAACCCCCCUCCAAGCGCAUCCACUCCCCCGGUGACAUCGCCCAAUUCCACGCCUCCUUCUCAGGCCAGAACUUCCUCGGUUUCGUCGUCGCCCUCAGUGACUCCAUCCGAGGCCGCAAGAUCUCCGAUCCCUGCCACCAGUCCUCCCUCGUCUCCUCCAUCAUCUCCGUUCUCGAAACCCUAAUCCAAUUCGUCGACGAUAUCCCUCCCGUCGCCCAAUCCGCUCGCUACGGUAACUACUCCUACCGCACCUGGCACGAUCGCUUGGCCGAAAAUGCCGACUCCUUUAUGCUGCGGUUCCUCCCGGAGGAUCUUCAUGCCGCCACCGUCGAAUUGGUGCCUUACUUCACCGAUAGCUUUGGUAAUGCUAGCCGGAUCGACUACGGCACCGGCCACGAGACCAAUUUCGUGGCCUGGUUGUAUUGCCUUGCGAGAUUGGGGUUGAUUAAGGAGGAGGAUUACCAAGCUGUUGUGUCUAGGGUUUUCGCGAAAUAUCUUGAGUUGAUGAGGAAGUUGCAGCUGGUGUACUGCCUCGAGCCUGCUGGUUCGCACGGUGUGUGGGGUUUGGAUGACUAUCAUUUCCUGCCAUUCAUAUUCGGGUCUUCACAGUUGGUUGAUCACAAGUACAUGAAGCCCAAGUCGAUUCACAAUGAUGACAUACUCGACAACUUCUCGAAUGAGUACCUUUAUAUUUCCGGCAUUGCCUUCAUAAAGAAGGUGAAGAAGGGCCUUUUUGCUGAGCAUUCGCCUUUGUUGGAUGAUAUCAGUGGCGUGCCCAACUGGAAGAAGGUGAAUAGUGGGUUGCUCAAGAUGUAUAAAGCAGAGGUCUUGGAGAAGGUCCCGAUUAUGCAACAUUUCCUGUUUGGCUCCAUCAUCAAAUGGGAGUAGAAUGGGGUGCCAGCAUUUUUGUUUACGUGCUGGGGGGGGGGGGGGGGGGGGGGAGGGUCAAGUUGAAAGCAUUUUGCAUUAUAGUUUCAGUCAUACAAGAAUUGAGAGUACUGCAGGGAGAAUGCAUACUGUGUCUUGUACUGGUAGUAUGUAUCCAUUACUAAGUUUCUAUUGUAAUUGAUUUUACUUGGGUUUGGCCAAGCGAGGAGUGGCUAACCAACUAUAUUCCCCUUUUGGGUGUUUUGGUUUCGAAUGGCUACAGUUUUGUGUGUUGGUUAGGUUCUGAGAUCUAACUAAGAGUAUGGGUAGCAGAAAGCAGAAAGCAUGGCUGUGUCUACUGGGACAAGUGAAGUGAUGACGAGGCUCAGGAAGGAUCAUGGUAAAAUCCUAAAAGAAUAGCAAAUAUAUAUAUAUAUAUAUAUAUCUGUGUCUUUAUUCAUCAAACAUGUUUGAUGAGCCUAAGCUUAACGUUAAAACAAUCGACAGAACGGCUUUCGUGACUAAUAGAAAAUGUGGAAAGUGAAACUUACUUUAGAGGGGGCAUGAGAUGGAAUGCAGCAAUGAAAGACAUGAAGAAGAAAAUGCACAAGAAGUUUGGGUGGAAGGGGAUAUAUGCAUGAAAGUUCAUCCAUCUGUUGGUGGAGUUAAAGAGUCACAACAAAGUGAGUGGGAGCUUUUAACUAAGAGUCUUUUGAUUGUUAAAGAACUAAGAUCCGAUCAGAUCAAUAUUCUAUUCAACUUUUAACUUUCUCA